AUGGGGUGUUUCGCAAAAGCUGCGGUGCUUGCAUCUGCGAUAGUACAGGGUGCUUUUGCUCAAGGAUCUUUUCUUUCCAAUAUCAACCCCGGGUGGAAUCUUGGAAACACACUGGAUGCCGUCGAGACGGAAGGAUCAUGGAAUAACCCACCUGUUGUCGGGGCCACGUUUGACGACGCUAAGAAGGCCGGCUACAAGGGCAUUCGUCUGCCAGUGACCUGGGCUUACCACUUCACUUCCCAAUCUCCGGACUACACCGUCGACGCAAAGUGGCUGCAGAGAGUCGAAGAUGUUGUCGACAUGAUCCUUUCCCGAGGCUUCUACGCUAUCGUCAAUGUUCACCACGACAGCUGGACGUGGACGGACCUCACACAGGCUAACACAAAUGUGACUCUGGUUGAAGAGAAAAUGUACAAAUUGUGGUACCAGAUUGGAACAAAGCUUGCUUGCAAGAGCAGUGCUUUGGCUUUCGAACCUAUCAAUGAGAUCCCUGGAACUACAGCAGAGCAUGGCGCGACUGUGAAUCGGCUAAACAAUAUCUUUCUCCAGGCUAUCAAUGAUGCGGGAGGUUUCAACUCACAACGAGUCGUGACUUUGGUCGGAGCGGGCGAGGAUGGACUCAAGACAACACAGUGGUUCAAGCGUCCAGAUGCGAAGUUCAAGAACCCCUGGGGAAUCCAGUGGCAUUACUACUCCCCUUAUGACUACAUUUUCAAUGCUUGGGGCAAGACAACAUGGGGCUCUGACGCCGAUAAAGCUGCGCUCGACGCAGACUUCGCCAUGGUGCGUGGCAACUUCACAGAUAUCCCUCUCAUCAUCGGCGAAUGGGCUGCAUCUCCAGUAGCAACCGAGACAGCAGCACGCUGGCGCUACUUCGACUUCCUAGUCCGCACCGCUGCUAAAUACAAUGCCUCCACCAUCCUCUGGGACAACGGCAACGAUUUCCUGGACCGCGCAGCACACACUUGGCGCGACCCCGUCUCCCACGACAUCUACCGCAACGCCGUCAAGGGCAUUCCCAACGCGCUCCCCGACAGCACAACAGACGGCAGCACAACCCAAAAGUCCUCCGCCUACAUCUACCACAAGAAAGGCACAAAUAUCACUGACGUGACCCUUGGCUUCUACUUCAACGGCAACAAACUCUCCAAGAACAUCGUCCUCGCUAGCUCCAAUAAGUCUCUUAAUCAGGGCCGCGACUACACCGUCUCGGGCGAAUUAAUCACGUUCAAAGCCCCUUUCCUCGCUUCAAUAUUCACCCCCUCUUCGCCCACAGGCAGUCUCGGCUCCCUCGCUUUAUCCUUCAACCGCGGCGCAUCGCUCAGCAUCGAUAUGGUGCACUACUCCGUGCCCGAACUAUCCAGCACAUCAUCAAAAUUACCCGCCGUGUCUGCCGACCUGUUGAUCCCGUUGAAAUGGGCCGGGCAAAACAGGCCCGCGACGGUCAAGGCGACGAAGCUUGAUGGCACGUAUCUUGUGGAUGAUUGGACGCAGUAUUUGCCUGAGUUGCAGAGGGGUAGGGCGACGUACUCGAAUCACUGGAACUGGGCGCCCGAGGGUGUGAUACUGACGGCGGCGGCGUUGGAGGCGGUUAGGACGGCGGGAUUGAGCACGACGUUUAUGAUUGAGUUUUAUCCGAGGGAGCCAGGGAAUGCGGUGAACUAUACAUUGACUGUAUAG